AUGUCAAAUUCAGGAUCUAUAUUUGAUGAUAGCGAACCUCUUAAUGUUUUUGUAUACACUCUAUGGUCCAUCUCAUUAGUAUGUGCUAUAUAUAUGACAAUAGCAUUUAAUCGUAAAAUAAUGAAAAUAUUCUCUAUAUCAAUUGCGCUAAUGAGCUUGAACGUACUACUUAGUACUAUUUGGGGUAACGAUUUGAGUAAAGCACCAAGGCAAUUUUGCAUAGCUCAAGGAUUAAUGCUUCAAUUUACGGCAUAUAUGACAAGUAUGGCCGCACUUUACUUCACUUGGGAAUCAUAUCGAUUAAUAGUUUUAAAGAUUAAAAAAUCCUCAACCUUUAUUAAAUCGGUCUAUUCUUUAAUGAUUGCCUAUCCUAUUAUAAUGACUUCAAUUCUUGCUUUGAUUUCUUCUGAAUUUAAUUCCAUCAAUGUUCAUACUUUAUGCUGUGAUAUUACAAAUCCUUCUUGGGUGAGAUUAUUUGGGUAUGCAGGUGUAAACGUAUUGAUCGCUAUACCUGGUGCAUAUUGGAGUGGUCGAGUUGCCUGGAUAGUAUUUAAUCAUUCAGACAAAACUCUACGAACUUUUUCGACAUUAGCGGUGUCACAAGAAAGAGAUCCAUCUACGGUGCUUAUCAAUAUAAAAAAUGCUGUCAAUCCGACAGUUAUAAGUUUGAUUGCUUCGAUUAACACAUGGAUUGACAUAUUUUUAAAUGUUCCACUACAAAUUGGUGUAUCUGGAAACGAUGUGGCUGGUAGUAUAAUUGGGAUUGUGGUGUUUAUUAUUUUUGGUACUGCCGGAGAAAACAUUCAGAAGAGAAGCAAAUAA